CCGAGCCGAGCCGAGCCGAGCUCCUCCGCUUCUUCUUCUUUGGUACUUUUUGACGAACUUUUUUUGUUUCCAGCGGUGCGUCGAGCAUCACCAGAAUCUGCGGGAUGGACUGAGCUGACGUCAGAGAGUCCAGUCAGCGUGGAUCCUUCAGGGAAGACGCGUGGUUCUUCUUGAGACCGUGUCCCAGGAGGAGGGGGGGUUUGUUUGCGAGGAUCCUCAUCAUGGAAGAGGACGAAGGGCACCGGGAGAACGGGAUCCAAGUCGCUAAAGACUCGGACCGACAGCAGCGGCUCCGGCUCUGCGUUUUAAACGAGAUCCUGAACACGGAGCGGGAUUAUGUUCGGACCCUGCUCUUCCUCCAGUCGGCAUUUUUGCAGAGAAUCAGACAAAUUCCAGAUGACCAACAAUGUCUCUCACCUGAACAUGUCAAGAUCCUGUUUUCAAACAUCGAGGACAUCCUGGAGCUGCACAAAGAGGUGUUCUCCGUCGUGGAGACCAGUCUGCAGCCUGAACCUCAUCCCAACCAUUCGCUGGGCCACGUGUUCCUCCAGUUUAAGGAGAGUUUCUCGGUGUACGGAGAGUACUGCAGUAACCACGAAAAGGCUCUGCGGCUUCUAAUAGAGCUGAACAAAAUUCCCGACAUCAGGACCUUCCUACUGAGUUGCAUGCUUCUUGGAGGCAAGAAGAGCACAGAUAUUCCCCUGGAGGGUUACCUCCUGACUCCCAUCCAGAGGAUCUGCAAGUACCCUCUGCUGCUGAAGGAGCUGCUUAAAAGGACCCCUAAGAAACAUGCAGAUUACCCUGCAGUGGAGGAGGCCCUGCAGGCCAUGAAGGCGGUCUGCUCCAACAUCAACGAGACCAAGAGGCAGAUGGAGAAGCUGGAAGCUCUAGAACAGCUGCAGUCRCACAUUGAGGGCUGGGAGGGAACCAACYUGACGGAUAUCUGCACAGAAUUGCUUCUUCAUGGAAAUCUUCUCAAAAUCUCAGCAGGCAACAUCCAGGAACGUGUCUUCUUUCUCUUCGACAACCUUUUAGUUUAUUGUAAAAGGAAGUCCAGGGUUUCUGGAAAGAAGUCCAGCAAGAGGACCAAGUCUAUCAACGGGCCCCUCUAUGUGUUCAGAGGCCGAAUCAACACCGAGGUGAUGGAGGUGGAAAAUGUGGAAGAUGGAACAGCUGACUAUCACAGCAACAACUACACAGUGACUAACGGCUGGAAGAUCCACAACACGGCGAAGAACAAGUGGUUUGUGUGCAUGGCCAAAAAUGCAGAGGACAAGCAAAAGUGGCUGGAUGCUAUCCUGAGGGAGCGAGAGCAAAGAGAAAGUUUGAAGUUGGGAAUGGAGCGAGACGCCUACGUGAUGAUAGCAGAGAAAGGGGAGAAACUUUACCACAUGAUGAUGACCAAGAACAGGCACCUGAUCAAGGAUAGGCGCAGGAAGCUCAGCAUUGUGCCCAAGUGCUUUAUGGGAAAUGAGUUUGUGUCGUGGCUGUUAGACAGUGGAGAGAUCAGUAACGCUGACGAAGGAGUCAACCUGGGACAAGCCUUACUGGAAAAUGGCAUCAUUCAUCACGUGUCCGACAGGCACCAGUUCAAGAAUGAACAGGUGCUGUACCGCUUCCGCUACGAUGACGGCACCUACAAGGCUCGCAGCGAGAUGGAGGACAUCAUGUCGAAGGGCGUCAGGCUUUACUGCCGUCUUCACAGCCUGCACACUCCAGUCAUCAAGGACAGGGACUACCAUCUGAAAACCUUCAGAUCUGUUGUCCCUGCCAGUAAGCUGGUGGACUGGCUUAUCUCACAGGGCGACUGCUCGAACCGAGAGGAUGCUGUGAUGCUGGGAGUGGGGCUCUGUAACAGCGGCUUCAUGCACCACGUCUUGGAGAAGAGCGAGUUCAAAGACGACUCGCAGUUCUUCCGUUUCUACGCCGAUGAGGAAACCGAGGGGACCGGCACCAAGAGCAAGCAGCUCCAGCGAAAYGACUUCAAACUCAUAGAAAACAUCUUGGCCAAGUCCCUCGUGAUUCAUCCCGAGGAGGAGGACUAUGGCUUUGAGAUCGAGGAGAAAAACAAGGCCAUUGUGGUGAAAUCUGUCACCAGGGGAUCACAUGCUGAGAUGGCGGGCCUGCAGGUGGGCAGAAAGAUCUACACCAUCAACGAGGACCUGCUGUUCCUGAGGCCGUUCUCAGAGGUCGACGCCAUGAUCAACCAGGCUUUCUGCAUGCGACGCUCUCUGCGGCUGCUGGUCGCCACCAAAGCCAAGGAGAUCAUAAAGAUCCCCGACAACCCCGACAGCCUCUCCUUCAGACUCUUGGGAUCGGCGCCGCCUCACGUCCACGCAGUCAGAAAAGGCUGGGAGGCGGCCGGGGCCGGUCUUCAGCCGGGCCAGGUUGUUCUGAAAGUCAACGGCAACAAUGUGAACCGCAGUGAUUACCAGGAAGUCCUGGAKCACUUCAGCGCCCACCACACGCACCAGGAGCCUCCUCAAGCG